AUGGGUCUCCAGGGCGGUUCCCUGCGCAUGGCGCAACUCCUCCUCGUUGUGAUGCCGGCCUUUGUCCUUUUUGGGUACAACCAAUCUGGCGUUGGUGGUCUCCUCUCUCUGCCCGACUGGAACGAUCAUUUUCCGACAAUCGAUACCGUCGAUGCUACGGGCGCCGAAAAGUCACAUAGAUCCACUUUGCAAGGUGCAGUGGUAUCAUCCUUUACCAUUGGUGCGCUCUUUGGUGCGCUGAGCUGCUCAUGGGUUGGAGACGUCCUUGGCCGAAGAAAAACUACCUUUGUGGCUGCUAUUCUUACCUUGAUUGGCGAAAUCCUUCAAUGCACUAGCUUCCAGCUCGCCCAAUUCAUCGUUGGCCGCUUCAUCCUCGGAUGGGGAGUUGGCAUGCUCAGCACGACCGUCCCGGUCUGGCAGUCCGAGUGUGCGUCCACCUCCAACCGAGGAAAGCACGUUGUUCUGGAUGGGUGUUUCAUUAGCUUGGGCUACACCCUCGAGGCUUGGAUCAAUCUCGCGUUCUACGAACAGGACAACCUGCCUCUGCAGUGGCGUCUUCCCCUGGCUAUCCCGUGUGUCAUCUCGUUAAUCCCGAUCGCUGCUGUGUUCUCGAUUCCGGAGAGCCCGCGAUGGCUUGUCAACAAGAACAGGGUUGAAGAAGCCAAGGCAAGUUUGGCCAGGUUUAAGGGAACGAGCACCGAAGACCCGGAUGUUGUCGGUGAGAUUGGGGGUAUUGAAAUGGCUCUUGAAGAGACUGGCAGAAGCGCGGCGAAGCUCUCCGACAUUUUCACCAACGGAAAGGAACGCUUGUUUUACCGCUUCUCCCUCUGCAUCUUCCUGCAGUUCCUCCAGCAAAUGUGCGGAAGCAACCUUAUCUCCACAUACUCUACCAUUAUUUUCCAACAGGGUCUUGGCAUGACUGGCGAAAUGUCUCGCAUUCUUAGUGGCGGUGCUCUCACGUGGAAGUUCCUGUCCUGCUUCGUCGCCUUCUUCACCAUUGACCGAUUCGGACGACGCAAGCUCUUCAUGUUCAGCGGUGCCGGCAUGGCUUGCUGCAUGCUCGCCCUGGCCGUCGCUUCAAGCUAUCCCAAGAGCAACAGGUCCGCUCAGAUUGCCUCGGCCUUCUUCGUCUUCCUGUUCAACUUCUUCAUCCCUAUCGGAUUCCUCGGUGCGAACUUUUUGUACUGCGCCGAGGUCGCGCCCACCCGCCUCCGUGUCGCUAUGUCGGGUAUCUCUACGGCUAACCACUGGCUGUGGAACUUCGUUGUGAACAUGGUCACUCCGGUCGCGAUCGAGACGAUUGGCUGGAAGUACUACCUUGUUUUCCUCUGCAUCUCCGCCAUCAUCAUUCCCGUCGUAUGGUUCUUCUACCCUGAGACCAUGGGUCGCAGUCUCGAAGAGCUCGAGGUGAUGUUCUCGGAGGGCAAGUCGAUCACGGGCAUUGUGCGCGAGUCACGGAAGCCCCUGAACGGGUCCCUCCUGCCGGAAAGGUACCAGGAGAAGCUCGAGAAGACGGAGGACGAGUUCGCUUGA